CAGAGAGGCGUGUUUCCUAGCGCGGCUUCUUUCUUCCUCUCUUAGCUAGAAAGACUUGGACUGAGAGCCAUGGAAGAAGAACCUGAAAGAACCAAACGAUGGGAAGGGGGUUAUGAAAGAACAUGGGAAGUGCUGAAAGAAGACGAAUCUGGGUCUCUGAAGGCCAGUGUGGAGGACAUUCUCUUCAAGGCCAAGAGGAAACGAGUCUUUGAACAUCAUGGACAGGUUCGACUUGGAAUGAUGCGCCACCUGUAUGUUGUGGUUGAUGGAUCAAGAACAAUGGAAGACCAAGACUUAAAACCCAACAGACUGACUUGUACCUUAAAGUUAUUGGAAUAUUUUGUUGAAGAAUACUUUGAUCAGAAUCCAAUCAGUCAGGUUGGCAUUAUUAUAACUAAAGGCAAAAGAGCUGAAAAACUGACAGAACUUGCAGGCAAUCCAAGGAAACACAUAACUGCUUUGAAAAAAGCUGUGGAUAUGACCUGCACAGGAGAGCCUUCCCUAUAUAAUGCCUUAAAUCUGGCUACACAGACAUUAAAACAUAUGCCAGGACACACAAGUCGAGAGGUUUUAGUAAUAUUCAGCAGCCUGAACACAUGUGAUCCCACCAAUAUAUAUGAUCUUAUUAAGUCUUUAAAGACACUUAAGAUAAGGGUGUCUGUUAUUGGCCUUUCCGCUGAAGUCCGAGUUUGUACUGUACUUGCCCGGGAAACUGGUGGAACUUACCAUGUCAUUUUAGAUGAAAGCCACUAUAAGGAACUAUUGAUGCACCAUGUAAGUCCACCACCAGCAACUUCAGGUUCUGAAAGCUCCCUAAUUCGAAUGGGCUUCCCUCAGCAUACUAUUGCCUCUUUGACUGAUCAGGAUGCAAAACCGUCUUUUAGCAUGGCGCACCUGGAAAACAGCAGUGAGCCAGGCCUUACAUUGGGAGGGUAUUUCUGCCCCCAGUGUAGAGCCAAAUACAGUGAACUUCCUGUGGAGUGCAAAGUUUGUGGUCUUACGUUAGUAUCUGCACCUCAUCUGGCUCGAUCUUACCAUCAUCUCUUUCCUUUGGAUGCCUUUCAGGAGGUUCCUCUGGAAGAGUAUACAGGAGAACGCUAUUGUCAAGGAUGUCAUGGAGAUAUCGGAGAUCAACAUGUCUACAUCUGUAAAGAAUGCCAGAGUGGUUUUUGUGUGGAUUGUGACAUUUUUGCUCAUGAAAUACUGCACUGCUGUCCAGGUUGCAUUCACAAACUUCCUGCUUCGUCUCCUUCUACCUCUGCCUCUACCUCUGCUGCUGCCUCUGCCUUUGCCUCUGCCUCUACGUGAUGUCCAUUCGCUUCACCAUCACUUCUGGUUAUAUUCCUGUGGCCUGAGUAUCCAAUUAGGCUACUUCCACACAGCUGUAUAAAAUCCAUAUUGAACUGGAUUAUGUGACAGUGUGGACUCAGAUAAUCUAGUUGUGGAUUAUCUGCCUUGAUAUUCUGGGUUAUAUGGCUAUGUGGAAGGACCCUAAAUUUAGUGUUUUUAGUGAAGGAGGUUAAAGCUGAGGAAGAGUGCUUGGCUGUAUUCUUACAUAAAUAUUAUUUUCAUACUCUUUCGGUAGUAAUUGUGCUUGUACACUGUAACUUGUUUUUGAAGAGUUUGAUUUGUGUUGUAAUAUCCGUUUUGUAUUCCUGAGUACAAAAAUGAUAAACUAAAUAUAAAAGUG